UCCAAAAGGGUGUGAUUAAAAUGUCCCCUCCUGUUUUUUUUUAAUGUUUUUUUUUAACUCCUAGUCCCAGGUGCUGUACUGCGAAACUCGUCCUUUAAUUUGAGACAGCAGCAAUCGAAGACGCCGACACAGAGCCGGCCUGCUUUCGCUAUUAUUGAACACAGCUAACAGACGUUAAGGCUGAGAAUAGGAUUGGGGAGGCACGCUGUAAAAGAGAGCCUGUGUGCAGCAGCAGGUUGGGAGACAGGGAACGGUGGUAUCGUGUCUUGUGAUGGCCUUGUUGACACUGCAUAGGACCCCGUCUAUCUCUACAGCGCCGGAUGAAGUCAUCCCUAGAGGAGGAAGACUUCAGAAAAGGGAAAGCUUUGCCCUGGUCAAGGGGGCUGUCCUUCUGCUUGAAGGGGAUGAGAGGGCAGGACCUCCUGAAGAGUUGUCGCCCACUCACAGUGAGCCUUUGGAGCUGGGGGGAGGGGCUUCAGGCACAGGCCACAGACACCUGCACGCCAUGGUAUCAUUACUCCGACCAGAGGAUACCAUCAAACUGGCAGUGCAGUUGGAGUCAGCCAGUCCCGUCAGAGUAAGGUAUCUCAUUGUUGUCUCCACCCUCAACAACAAACAUGAGAGCAUUCUUCUAGGCAUGGAUUUCACCAGCACAGACAGUGAUCACUGCACCAUUGGCUUGGUUCUGCCAGUAUGGAGCGACACACAAGUGUACCUGGAUGGAGAUGGGGGUUUUACUGUGACCUCAGCAGAGGAGACAAGGAUAUUCAAGCCCGUCUCUAUACAGACCAUGUGGUCAGUGCUGCAGGCGCUGCAUGGCUGCUGCGAGCGGGCGGUCAAAGGGGCAGUGAUUCCAGGUUGUGGCCUGGAUUGGUCCCAGCACUACCACCACCACAUUGAGUCUGACCGCUUCUGUCUCAAUGAGUGGGAGGCCAUGACAGACCUGGAGUCAGUCCGGAGGGACAGUGAUGGACAGAGCUUGUCGGAUAGAGUAUCUAAAGAGAUGCUAAUCAAAGAGCACCUGAGGAACAUCAUGAGGACUGAAGACCUGGAGAACCUCACGUCUAAAAUGGUACGCAGUUCUAUGGAGUCCAGGAUAGGAUUUGACUUGAGGUCUUACAAAGAGUUCAUUGACAACGAGAUGAUGGUCACUAUGGCCCAGAUGGACAAACCCUCCAAGAUGUUUGAUUACCUUUACCUGGGCUCUGAGUGGAAUGCAGCCAACUUUGAGGAGCUGCAGAAAAACAAUGUGGGCUACAUCUUGAAUGUGACAAGAGAGAUUGACAACUUUUUCCCAGAGUCCUUCACCUAUAUGAACAUCAGAGUGUAUGAUGUUGAGGCCACUGACCUGCUGCCCCACUGGACAGACACAUUCAACUUCAUCAACAUUGCCAGGAAAAGAGAGAAGGCGGUGCUUGUGCAUUGUAAGAUGGGCGUGUCGCGCUCUGCAUCCACAGUGAUAGCCUAUACCAUGAAGCAGCAGCACUGGCCGCUGGAGGUGGCCCUGAGCUAUGUCAGGGAGCGGCGACCCAUCGUCAAGCCCAAUGAUGGCUUCAUGAAGCAGCUCCAGACCUACAACGGGAUCCUCAACGCUAGUCAGCAGCGCCACAGUGCACUCUGGAGGCGAAAGUCCAGAGAGCAAAAGAAGUCAAUGCACAAAGAGGAAAGAGAGGAGGAGGAGGAGGAAGGAGAGAGCCUAGGAGAGGAGGAAGAUGAUGAAAUUGACAAUGAGGGGACUGAUGAUGAGGACAAAGAGAAAGUUGAGAGUCAAGAUGAAAAGAGUGAUGCCGUUGGGGAUGAGGAGGUGUUUGAAGACCUCACCCCCAAUGCAGGAUCCACUGAAGGACCCAUGGCCUGUAAUCCUAUCAUCACCAUACACGAUGAGGACAAAGCUUCUCAAAGUCCUAAUCGCAGUAGCAGGAUGAACCUCUUCUCGCUCAUGCAGUCCAUCAGUGAACUAGACGAUGGCAACAAAGGGCUCGAUCAGUUGCCUGGUAAUACAACACGAUCUCCAGGACAGCGAAGACGAAGCCAGGGCCGAAGGGGUCUGACUCACCAGAGAGCCUGUGUGGACAUUUCACCUGAACCACAUAGUUGGACAGAGGCUGGAAAACCACUUGCAGAUGAUGGAGCAGGGAAGUCAUAAGGCAGUUAAAAAAAAAAAGAGAGAAAGAAUGAAAAUGGCCAGAAGACCUCAAGAGAUGGUUAGAAGUAACAAAAAUUAGAGGGUGUCCCAUACAAGAUGGGAAAUAAAAUGAGUCAGAAAACAAAACUCUCUUGUAGGAGACAAUAGGAAGAGAUUAUUUUAUGCGACUGCUUCAAUAGAUAUGGUUAACACAUGCCAAGAUAUUUAUUCUGAUACUGUAUUGUGUGGCUUUGCAUUUUAGAUUAUUCAAUUGUGAUGCAAGUUUCAGUUUUUUUUCAAGUCUUUUAUUGUAAAGCUCUGUUCAGAACCUCAAAGCUCCAUUAUUUGCUCUUGUUUGUAAAAUGAUUUUUUUACUGCAGCAGUAUUUUGACACCAGAUCAACAAUGUGACCAUAGUGUGUAAGCUAUCUGGUUGUUGAAAUGUUGAGGUAUGUACAUUUAUGUACUUCUGUUUUACUUUUAGUAUGUAUCCUACUACUACUCAUGGAUGUAAAAAUCUCCAUUUUAGUGUCUUAGCCAAACCUCUCUUUUACCUUCCAUAUUCAUUCCUGUUCAGAAUUAAUUUUUAUUAGCUGAGUAAGUUUGCACAUACAAAUAAUUGGACUUCGUGAACUGUUGGCAUGGAACUAGCAGCUGAUCCAAUCUAUGCAGUUACAGUUCUAAUGUACUUUUUUCCGUUUGCUAAUUCAAUGCUGUAUGCUGCCAGUCUUUUAUUUUUUUACACAUAUUUGAUCUUAGGUAU